AUGCACACACCCGCUCAUCUGCAAAGGCGAGGCUUGCGCACAUCCCUACCCGCGCGGGAGGGCCAGGAAGCGGAGCCUGAGAAAAACGCAGGCGAGCAGAGAAUCAUGCAGAUUCUCUCAGACAAGUUCAACCCUUCUCAGCUUGAAGUAGCAGACACAAGUGGUGGCUGCGGGGCGUUUUAUAGCAUUUUCAUCUCCUCGAAACAGUUCAAGGACAUCUCGACAAUCAAAGCACACCGCAUGGUCAACGAAGAACUCAAGGAUAUCAUUUCUGGCAUUCACGGCUUGCAGGUGUGUCUUGCGACCGAGCCUUUCUGUGUAAAUCAAGACUUCAGUUACAUCGCUGAUGGCUUCGAUUCUUCUGUAACAGCUCAAGACAAUAGCAGAAGAUUAAAGCGAGCUGUGCAAGUCUGUGAAGCUAUUAAUGGGCGUUGCUGGUUAGAAAUACAAUAUGUUGUUGCGCUUUGUGCUGCAAAUAUGUGGGGCAUACUGAUGCGUGGUGUGUGA